AUGUCAAGCAACCCUAUGCUUUUAAACCGAGUUAUUGGUGCACAGAGUGGAGGUUUAAGAGUGGCACUUUUAGCGAAAAUGGCAGGCUAUGGUGGAGCUGCAGACGGAACAGCUUAUAACCCUCAAAGUCAAAUGAAUUUGAGUUCACUCAAAAAUCAAAUAACAGAUGUCAAAAAGUCAAACAUAGACAUACAGAAACAAAUAAGUGAAAACGAAAAGAAACUAGAAUAUGACAGACAGACAAAGAAACUCAAUGAGUUAAACGUAGAGAAAAAGAAGAAAGAAGAACAACUGAAAGAACUAAGUACAGAGGAAUAUGCGAAAAAAAGUGUCAGAAAAAGCAGCAGAAGUAGCAAAAAUGGAACAAGAUGUUAUAAAUUUGAAAAACCAUACUACUCAAUAUAA